UAAGUGUUUAUUAAAUAUCUAUGUUAAAUAUCAAUUAAUUGUCAAAUUAGUUAUCGGUAUUUUUUACAUUCACUACUGUAUUCAGUGUCAGUGUAUGUUCGCAAGCUGAUGGUUAUAUAAUUAAGAGUUCUGUACCAGACGACUACAAAUACGCACUACAAUGGCUAGCGGUGACUCAGAGGAUUCUGGAUUUGUGUCAGUUAGGGUUGCAGGAUCUCAGGCACGAAUGAAUGUGUCAAAUGACGGUGCCGGUGGGUACAAUGCAGAAAUGAGUAAAUUGCAUGCAGUGCAACAACUAAACAAGAGCUUAUUACACAAAAUACAAGCUUUGAAAGAAGAAAUAAAUGGCUUUAAAGCUGAAAAGAAUGCAUUAACUGAAACCCACAAAAGAGAUAUUGACAGACAGAAACGAGAAACUAAAGUCAUUUUAGCUAAGAAAAAUGAAAUUCAGAAUAGAGAGGCACUUCACAUAGACGAAAUACAGAAACUGAAAGCAGAUAUAGAGUUUCUUGAGAAAACUGAAACUGAACUUAGAGAUAAGAUAAAAAUGUUAGAGCCUACAAAAUACACACAUGAAUAUGAAAAGGAAAGGCGUGACAUGUCAGCUUCAAAAGCAGAAAUAAAAAAACUGAAAGAACAAAUUGCAUUUCUCGAAAAGGCCUUAGAGGAAAGGGAUGAACAUUUAGUCAAAACAAAGGAAGAGAAGAGCCUUAUGGCGGCUGGAUUCGACCGCACGAUUGAUGAAAUGACAAAAAAGCAUGAAAAACUGGAGGCGAAUUUGAAUUCAGUGAAAUGUGAUCUUCUCUCUAAGAUGGAAGAAAAUAAACAAGAUAAUAAGGAGAUGUUUCACAACCUUCAAGAGCUAAUUUUGGCAAGGAAAGAGAAACAUCCAAGCGUCGAACGAAGUCCAAGGUUACAGCCGCCAAACAAUGUACUUCCACCUAUAAAUACACCAAGAUCUAGUUUUCAGGCUGGUUCGAAAUCGACUUGCUGGAAACCUUGAUAAUAUUCAUGGCAAUCGUCAACAUUGUUAAAUAACAAUCGAUGUUAUACACCUUAGUCCGAGAUUUGAACACCACGCCUGGCCUCUCCAGUGAGUUAAGUUACGUUUUGUUGAUGUUGCCAUAAGCACUAUCAUAUAUUAUCAAUAUAUCAAAAGAAAAUUGAAAGGUGAAUGUUCACUUUUGUCCAAAAAUGGAGUGAAUUCCAAGUUUUAUUUCAUCAAGACGUAUUGUUUAAUCAAACUGCAUGCAAUAUUUACUGUUUGUUAAUUAUCGAAGAAAAUAUCUGACGUAAACGAAAAUAAUCUUAAUAUUACAUGUAUGGAAACUUUCAGAUUUUUAAACAAAUCUAGAAUUUUCGAUAUGGACACGGCUAUCUAUCACAAUAAAAAUGAACAUAAAUUCUCUAUAAAAAGCUGGACUUAUGGUCAAAAUAAUUUGCUGGUCCUUGACUGGGCAUACUACUACAAUAUUCCUAUGUGUCCUAAUUAUAUAAAACGCCAGUUUUCUAAAUAUUCUGUGAUUUCAGCAAUAUUCAAUGUUGUGAACAAAAUGAUAAAUCUGCAUCCAAACAUUAAAUUCACUCGAUAAGAUAAACAUUCUGAUAGCAAACAAUACACAUUUCUUCCAAUUAUCACCAAUUUGAAAAGUUUUUAAACUGUUUAAACCAUAUAAGGCUUAAGUGAACUUUGUCCUUCGUCUUACAAAAUAUAAAGCUCUUGCAGUUCAAUGUUCUAUUUAUUAAACCCAAGGCCUGCUAUCAUACUGGAUAUAUGUGAAUUGUAUUAAAGGAUAUAUCGGUAUAUUUGUUCGGUUUUUAAUAUAUUAAAGAGUUGAUAUGUCAUUAAAGAGUUGAAAUGUUAAGUUUAGGCGAAACAACGUGCGUAAUUUAGCAGAUUAAAAAAUAUUCGUCGUUGGAAUAGUACAUAUUCAAUAAUGUAUGUGUGAUUUUUUUGUAAUUUCAAAAAUGAUAAGGAAUGAUUUUUUGUUGAUAUUCUUUCAUUUUGUGAUAUCUGUAGCAGUUUUCGUUACGGCCUAAACAAAGGGGAUUAAAGAACAAUACCCUUCCCUAUAAUUUCUGUCACCUGAUAACCUAUUCUGCUUCUGGAAGGGAAUGCGAAGUUUUGAUAAGUGAAAUACCAGUUUUGGUGUACACUGUUUUGUUAAUUAAGGCCAUAUUGAUGCAUGCAAUACUAUCUUUGUAUUACUUAACAGGUGUUAUGGGCAACUCACUCGCCUGUUUGACAUAAUAUACAUUUUGUAACAAUCAUCUUGUACACAUGAAUAAUUUAAGAUAUAUUUAAGGUAUCCUUUUAUAUAACAUCGGUACCUGAUGAAGCAGGAAAAACGAAGUUUAAGAAUAAACAUAUAUAGUUUUGCUAGCGCAUUGAACAGUCAUUGUGUUUUCCUUAUUAUUUCUUUAUCAUUUUGUUUAUAUUCAUUUGUUCAAAAGUGAAACUCUCCUUCCGCGAAAUGUUAUUUUAUCAAUAUUUCAUCACAUAAUUACUUUUAAAAGACAUUUAUGACUGAUGAAAUGUUAAAAUGUCCUGUAAAUUUAUAAAUGUUCUUAUUAUAAAUAAUACUGUGGGCAUCUUUCACUAAAACAUUGUAUUAUUAUAAUGCAAAAAUCCUUGUUAAAUUUUUAUGCAUUAUUGAAUAACCAAUUAUCAUGAUAUUCCUUUUGUCAUUUUUUUUUCAAAAGCAUCUGUCCACUUUCUGGAAGGUUUUAAUAAAAAUAAGUACUUAGUGUAAGUUUAACACUAAUGCGUGGCACCUUGAAUCCGUAAUAUGUUUAAACACCAUUUAAUUUCAAUUACGAAGUAGCUUUUAGCAGAUAUUGCUACUUUCCUUUUUAUGAAUGUCUGAAGCAGAAGGAAGUGAUUGUUUUAUCAACUUCAGUGUUUAGGCUUCUAUUUGCUGAUUAAUAAUUAUCAAGCUUUAUUUCAUUUUUUCCUCAAGUUGAUACUUUUCUCAUGUCACUUUGAGUAAAUGUUUUUAAGCCUUUGCUUUAAAAGGCUUAUGCAGAAAUCAUAAACGGAAUACUAAAAUAUCUCAACGUAUAUAGAAAUUAAAAUCUUGGCUGGUUCUAUUGUCUUACACUAAAUUUGAUAUUUACUUUUAAGACUGGAUUCAUCCAUCAUUAUUUUAGAUUUGGACUAAUUUUAUAUUCGCGAAUUUAUACAGGAGUAUAUGUUACUGUAUCAUUACAAUACUAGAGACACCAGUGUUAUUUUAUUACAUUUGAAAAACAAACGAACAUCAACUUGUGUUUAUUG